AUGUGCCAGCUGAAGGGACGCGCUGGUGGAACAGGCAGGCGCAGUGCAGCCAAACGUUAUUCUGUUUUAAAAUUCAAUGGUUCUCUGAAGAUUGAUACGGGUAAAUGGGCAAGCUCGGAAUGCUCUGUACGAAUGACGCGUGAAGAUAAUAGGGAGCAAGCAGCUGCCGGCGAAAUUCGACAGGAGUAUGGAGAGGGUUCCGAAUACGGAAAGGCAUUAAGAGAGGAAGCGCGUCGAAAGAAAUAUGGCCGGCAAUUGCAGGUUUAUCAGCAUGACAAUCAGCCAUGGCUGCUAAGUGGUAAGGAACGAAAAUUUCGCAGCAUUCGAGAAGGUGGUGCAGGUGAGCAUGCUGAUUAUUGGGUGUUCUCAAAAGCGGGUGAAGAAUUUCACGCAUACAAGGUGGAUGAAUGGUACCAAUUCUUGCCAUUCCUAAGGCAUCGAACUCUGGAUAUUGAUCAGGCUGAGGAACGAUUUCGCGAGUAAGG